AUGGAGAGAGAGAACCACAGCUGGGUGGGCGAGUUCACUUUUCAGGGGUUCUCCAGCUUCCGUGAGCACCAGCUCACCCUGUUUGUGGUGUUCCUUGCUCUGUACGCUUUAACCCUGACUGGCAAUGUCAUCAUUGUGAGCAUCAUUAGUGUUGACCGUCACCUCCACACGCCCAUGUACUUCUUCCUGAGCAUGUUGUCUGCCUCAGAGACUGUGUACACGCUUGUCAUUAUACCCAAGAUGCUCUGUAACCUCCUGGGCCUGAGCCGGCCCAUCUCCUUGGCCGGCUGCGCCACCCAGAUGUUCUUCUUCAUCACCUUGGCCAUCAACAACUGCUUCCUGCUCACGGCCAUGGGGUAUGACCGCUAUGUGGCCAUCUGCAACCCCUUGAGGUACAUGAUCCUCAUGAACAAGAGAGUGUGCCUCCAGUUGGUGGGGGCAGCCUGCAGCAUUGGCCUCAUCGUAGCCAUGACACAGGUACUGGCUGUGUUCAGGUUGCCCUUCUGUGCCACAAAGGUCGCCCACUUCUUCUGUGACAUCCGACCGGUGAUGAAGCUCUCCUGCAUCGACACCACGGUCAAUGAGAUCUUGACGUUGAUCAUCAGUGUGCUGGUGAUCCUGGUUCCCAUGGGGCUGGUCUUCAUCUCCUACGUCCUCAUCAUCUCCAGCAUCCUCAAGAUCGCCUCAGCCGAGGGCCGGAAGAAGGCCUUUGCCACCUGCGCCUCCCACCUCACGGUGGUCAUUGUCCACUAUGGCUGCGCCUCCAUUGCCUACCUCAAGCCCAAGUCCGAGAAUACCAGGGAUCAGGAUCAGCUGAUCUCGGUGACGUACACGGUCAUCACCCCCCUGUUGAACCCUGUGGUGUACACCCUGAGGAACAAGGAGGUCAAGGAUGCUCUGCUCCGGGCCACAGGCAAGAAGCCUUCCUGA